GCUUCACCAUGGCAUGAUACCUUUAAUUCUCUCUUCUAUUUAUCUCUCUCCACUUGUAGUUCACGUACUACAUUUUCGUAUAUUUCCCUUUCUUUCUCAACGUGAUUUGAUUCUCUUUCUCUCCCCAACUUUCUCUUUCCUAUUCUGCAUUUGUUGUUUUCUUCUUCAUUUUUCUGAUUCCGUGCAACGCUUCUCCAUCUUUCAACAAACCCAUUAUUCCAUUUCCCUUUCUCCUCUUCCUCUACUUUUUUCCUGAGACACCACCCUCUAUUCAUCUCAUUUUUCUUAGUACUGUCUCUCUCUACCCAGUAUUCUCCUUUCCUCCACCUCUGCUUUGUUUCCUAAAGAUAUGAAGGUUGGUUGGUUGGUGGGCUGUUGUUGAUUCGCUCUGUGUAUCAUUUUCUGGAUUCUGAUUCGAUUUUCUUGACUGGGUCUUGAAGCUUGUGCUGAAACUGGAUUUACAUGAUGACAAAGCCAAACAGAAGGCUUUGAAGACAGUUUCUACUCUUCCAGGGAUUGAUUCCAUUUCCAUGGACAUGAAAGAGAAGAAAUUAACAAUAAUAGGAACAGUGGAUCCAGUGAAUGUAGUGAGCAAACUGAGGAAAUAUUGGCCAACAGCAGACUUGGUGGCAGUAGGGCCAGCAAAGGAGCCAGAGAAGAAAGAAGAACCAAAGAAGGAAGAACCCAAAAAGGAGGAGGCCAAAAAGGAGGAACCCAAGAAGGAGGAGGAGCCAAAGAAAGAGGAAGCACCACCAGCCAAGAAGGAGGAAGAGCCCAAGAAGGAAGAACCCAAGAAGGAAGAAGAGAAGAAAAUAGACCCAGUGAUGGAGCUUGUCAAGGCAUACAGGGCAUAUAAUCCACACAUGACCACACACUACUAUGUUCAAAGCAUGGAAGAGAAUCCAAAUGCUUGUGUCAUCUGCUGAAACUAAUGUUAGAAGAAAUUGGCAAAGGAGUCCAAAGGCUACGGAGGAUCAUCAUCAUCAUCAGCUCUUGUGUAUACCCGCCCAUGUUUCAUUCAUCUCUUGAAGAGUAAGUGUUAUAUGUAGAGAUACAUAACAAAUAAGUUUUGGAACUUGUUUCUAAUGCUUCCUUAUAAAUCAUAUUUUGGGUGAUUCUAAAUUUUCAUAAUUCCAUAGAUUUUAUA